GUUUUGGAUUGUUUGGGUUGUACCUUAUUCUCCCGAUUACAUACCAAGUACUAGUAGUAAGUACUACUAGAGACAUUGAUAUCAACCUUGCAGAUCAACGAUGACUACACCGUACACGCCAACGUCAUUCAUCCAGAUGACUCCUAGUACCCCAGUUACGCCAAGUCCGGCGCCAGCGCCAACGCGUGGUCGUGGAACAGGUGCAAAACGCGGUCGCAAGCCUCGCGGUGCAUUUCCCAAUGUGUCUACUGAUACUCGCCCCUCACCACAAUCCGGGUCUAGCACAUCUUCGCCUGCAACACGAUUUACCCCGGCCCAGUGGGCGAUUCCUGGAGUCCCUGCAGGUGCCACUGCCACCGCCUCGACCUCUACUGUGAUAAUCCCUGCUGCCCAAAGCACCGCUGCAAAUGCUGGUGACGUAUCGAUGGACAGUGGGGAUGAUGAACCUGUAACAACGCAGCCUCUACCCGUUACUGCUGCUGCUUCUUCAACGGAUGCGAUAAUUCCACAGCCUAGGACCGCCGCGAAACCUAGCAGGGUGCUUAUGGACAAUUUCAGUCCAGGACAAUAUGAGCGCUUUGAAGCGUAUCGACGCCAUGCACUACCGAAGCAGGCUAUACGGAAGGUUAUACAACAAACGACAGGACAGCAAGUCUCUCAGCCCGUUGCGCAAAUAGUAGCAGGUGUUGCGAAAGUGUUUGUUGGUGAGAUCGUGGAAAAAGCUCGUCAAGUUCAAUCACGGCGCAAUGAUUCUGGUCCACUUACACCAGAUCACCUUCGUGAAGCGUAUCGAAUGUAUCAGGCAGAGACUGGGCGUGUGGGCAGUGCGCGGCCAAUACGAGGGAAGCGUCUGUUUGUCAGGUAGUGAGUCAAUCUCAGACUUGGCAAUGUCAUUAUGUCGCAACCUAGACGUAAAUUACUACCGGAAGGCACUUGUUAGUAUCCGACUGUUAUAUAUGUCGGUGGAUAUGAUAUCUGAGAUCUGAUGGGCUGUACAAAGUUACAAGUGCCAUCAUAAAUUAUGAGAUGGUGGCUUGGCUAUAUAGUCAUUAUUACUUGCAUUACGCAAGUGCAAUCACUGAAGCUUGAAGUACUGAUAGAUCGACUGGC